AUGGUCAGAAACAUUGUCGUGUUCGGAGGGUCGUCCCAUCCAACCUUGACAGAAACUAUCUGCGAGAUUCUCGGUAUUGCACCUGGUCAAGCUCUCUUCUCCAAGUUCGCAGUUGGAGAGACCAGGGUUGAGAUCGGCGAGUCGGUCCGGGGAAAAGAUGUUUAUAUCAUACAAUCUGGUGGUGGUAAGGUGAAUGACCACUUCGUCGAGCUUCUGAUUGCCAUUUCGGCAUGCAAGACUGCGUCCGCGAAAAAGGUCACCGCUGUCCUACCACUCUUCCCGUAUUCUCGCCAGUCCGAUAUACCCUACAACAAGAGCGGUGCGCCUCUGGUUAAGGCAUCGAAUGCGUCCAAUAAGCUGGUUCCUGACGCGAAUGGCUACACCUUCGACAGUACUCCUCCAACUCCACAUCCAGAUAAGACUGAAAGCCAAGGCCUAGCCAACGGACAUCCCUUGCACAAAGCAAUUUCAAAGUCACAGCUCGAUGAGGUAGAGAACAGCCCUACGUACCAGGCCCGCUUCAGCCACUACCGGGACCGGGACGUAAGUUCACACUCGUCAACAAAGUCGGACUAUUUUCCAAGCCAACGGAAACGAGGGGAUUCGGCAGCGUCAGCCACCAACGGCAUUGCAAAUUAUGAUUUUGCUCCACCGCCAAAAAUAGAUCCGCAAGACAAUUUCAAACCUCGACCGGGCUAUCGACAAUGGGUUGCUCAAGCAGGUACUCUUGUGGCGGAUCUGUUGACCUGCGCUGGCGCAGAUCACAUCAUCACCAUGGACCUUCACGAUCCACAGUAUCAAGGGUUCUUCGACAUUCCUGUUGACAAUCUUUACGGCCGGCCGAUUUUGAAGAAGUAUAUCCAGCAAAACAUUCCAGAUUACAGAAAUGGAGUGGUCGUUAGUCCCGACGCUGGAGGCGCUAAAAGAGCAACUGCCAUUGCCGACUCGUUAGGAAUCGAGUUCGCACUGAUUCACAAAGAACGGAGACCCACCAAGAUCACCGAUCGGCAGAAUGCAACCAUGAUGCUCGUCGGCGAUGUUACUGGCAAAGUUGCCAUUCUCAUUGACGAUCUGGCCGACACGAGCAACACGAUUACCCGAGCCGCGAAACUCCUGAAGAAAGAAGGCGCCAGCAGAGUCUAUGCCUUGGUGACGCACGGUGUUUUGAGUGGAGAUGCAAUUGAAAGAAUCAACGCCAGCGCGUUGGAUAAAGUUAUUGUCACCAAUACCGUGGACCAGUCGCACCAUGUCAGAAGAUGUCCCAAGUUGGAGGUGCUCGAGGUCGGCCACGUCUUCGCUGAGGCGAUUCGAAGGGUGCAUUAUGGCGAGAGCAUCAGUGUGCUGUUCCAAUAUGAUUAUGAUCCUCGUACUCCUCCUUACGAGCAACGAUCAUGGCGAGUAGGAUUGUCGUUGAUCUUUCAUUUGGAAUGCCAUCUCGUGUUUCUGUUUCGACAUUCAAAGAUCGAGUUUCGCCCACGCGAGCACAAAGUCCGAGCAACCAAGAAAAAAACUACAAACAGCGACAACAUGCAAAAUAAGAAACGAAGCUCCUUGAACCAAGUGCUGGAGAGGUCUUCACCAGGCGGAUGGCGUCUUAUGGGUCAGGACUAUGGAUUCUUUGGUAGCACAGAAGGCCUCGACGGGGACCGUGACGAAUACUUUGUGCGGCUUUAUGAAGCCAGCUACCCUUCCAACAACAUCAAUCUACCCAAGGUGGUGCCGCAUGUUGGGAGAUAG